AAAUGCGUCAGAGUAUAAAGUUGAACUUGACACUUCACAGCUGAUCAUACGUGUACUUUAUAGCAGUAAAUAUAUGAAUUAGUGUUUGUUGAUUACCUCUGUUUUAGAAUCGAAAUAGUUUACUGAGAGUUUAGUCGCGAUGAUAAUAAAUAAUGGUGAUGAAUAGUGUAUAUAGAGUAAUUAUUAGUACUUUAGUGUUGAAUCAGUGCAUAGCAUACUUCAAUGUUGAUAAUCAUGAUGAAUGUUUUUGUCAAUUAUCCGGUAACAUUGAUGAAUGUACAUGUAACAUUGAUACAGUGGAUCAUUUUAAUAAUGUUAAAAUCUACCCCAGGCUGAAAAGUUUACUUCUAAAAGACUAUUUCAGAUUGUAUAAGGUGAAUUUAAAAAGGCCAUGUCCAUUUUGGUUAGACGAUAGUAGAUGUGCAAUGAAAGACUGCCAUGUGAAACCUUGCCCACCUGAGGAGAUUCCUGAAGGACUCAAAGAAGAUAUGCAACCAAAAGUAGUACAUGUAGAUCCCCAACCCAAAAGAAAAUAUUCAAAAAUGGUAAAUGAAGACUGCGCAACACAUCACAACGAUUUGGAUUAUUUGAAUAAGACCAUUUCUGAAAAACUACAAAAAGACUUGCAAAUGUGGGAGGCACAUGAUGAUGCUCUAGACAACUUUUGUGAUAUUGAUGAUGAUGAUGAAAAUGCUGAAUAUGUGGAUUUACUACUUAAUCCGGAGAGGUAUACAGGAUAUGCUGGACCCUCGGCUCAUAGAGUAUGGAAAAGUAUUUAUCUUGAAAACUGUUUCAGGCCGAAGAAAUCAUUUAAUUUUAAUCCAUACAUCCAGAGCAACAAAUUAAAUGAACUUUGUUUAGAAGAACGAGUCUUCUAUAGAUCAAUUUCCGGUCUGCACGCCAGCAUCAACACUCAUUUGUCUGCUAUUUAUUUGUUAUCAAAAAACAACGGGUUUGUUCUCGGAAAAGAUGAGGAAAAGUGGGGACCAAAUCUGGAAGAAUUCCUAAAAAGGUUUUCUCCUGAAACUACCAACGGAGAAGGUCCAAAUUGGUUGAGAAACUUAUAUUUUAUUUAUUUAGUUGAAUUAAGAGCGCUUGCCAAAGCAGCACCCUAUUUAGAAAACGAAGAAUAUUAUACUGGUAAUGAUUCCAAUGACUGGGAUACACAAAUGGCUAUGAAAGAUCUUCUGCAUAUCAUCAGAUCAUUUCCGGAUCACUUCGAUGAAACAUCUAUGUUUAGAAAUAGCGAACAAGCAGAUAAACUCAAAUACGAAUUUAAACAACACUUUAGGAAUAUAACAAGAAUCAUGGACUGCGUGGGAUGCGACAAAUGUCGUUUAUGGGGAAAGCUCCAAACUCAAGGUCUGGGUACAGCUUUAAAAAUACUCUUCAGUGGAAAAUUUGAUGGUAUAACGCAAUUUGAAACAUUAGAUUCACACAACAAAAAAGAAUUUCAAUUGCAAAGGAAUGAAAUUGUAUCAUUAGUUAAUGCGUUUGGUAGAUUGUCAAAUAGCCUGUACAAAUUAGACGAUUUUAGACAAAUGAUGAGAGAGCGCAUGUGAUUUGAAAUCAAUGUUGACAUAACCAUUUCGACAAUUUUUACUUAAAAGGAUGAAAUUACUCAACUUUCAACAAUUAUGUCAAGAAUACUGUAUAUUAACAGAAAAGUUUUAAAUUGAUUUUUAAAAAUUUUAAAUUAUAUCUGCAUCUAUUUUCUACUAUUAAUUAAUAUGUUUAAGUAAAACUUAUUUAUCUGUUGAUAUUGUUAUCACCAAAUAUUUCCAAUUAAAUAUUCAUUAUUUGAUGUAUAAGUACUAAAAAAACUUUGGUUAGAACUGAAUUUUAUCAAUAUAUUGUAUUAGUGUGACAGAAAGUUGAUGUCUGGGUUCCAAACAAAUAUAUUAUAACCCUUAGCUACUGAAUACAUAAUUUUGUCAUGUAACGACUAUUGACUGAGAACAGUGAUCCCACAAACUGAUUAAAUAACAACAAAUAAGUGGUUAAGAAUAACUAUUAAAGGUCAAUUUUCUGGAACUGUUGGUGAAAUUGAAUAUACACAUAUACACUGUCAGACAUAUGUUUUGCGACCACUUUUCUUCCCCUGGAUGGCUCACCUUUUUGAUGUAGGGACAUUUUAUUCAAAUGUUGAAGGUAUUUUAAGUAGAAUUUUGAGCAUAUUGGCUAUAGCACUUCUUAAUCGAUUCGUACAUUUCUACUUAUCAAGUUUCCAGGAAUGACCACUCAAAUUUAGCCCUGCAGAGUAAUAUUUCCUAUAUCUAUGCCAAACCUAAUAAAUCCCUUUCUCCACAUGAAUAAUGGCCUCAUCCAAACCACAAAGAAACCAAGAAUGUCUAUCUCUUUCUCUCCUCUCAAAUAAUUGGUAAAGGAAUAUCCAUGCUACAAUGGUUUGUGAUAAUUUUCAUAUUCCUAGUUACAUAGUUAUGAUGGGAGUUUUGUAAUUCACUUUAACAUUUAUCGAGCAGAUCUAUAUCCAGUUUCAGUGGGUCAUUCAGACCGUUGUAGUUUAAGGUAUACAUUCAUAAUAAACUGAAAGUGUCAUACAAGAACAUUAUUGAAAUAAGCUUUAUAUAAUAUUAACUUUUUAAUAAGUCACCUGAUUACUAGAAAUGUUAUUUUGCUUCAGUAUUUGUCUAAAAGAUCCAACAUUGUUUUGAAUUUGUUUUUUGUACAAUAUCAAGCUAAUAAUAAGUUUACUUCUCAUUUGUAAAUCUAAAAAUAUUAUUAACUUUUUUAUCAUCCCAGUGAUUUUAUUUAUAUCUGUUAUUUCAUAUUAUUCUUAAUGGAAAUUUAAAUUGUAUAAUUUACUAAUUUAUUAAAAUUAUGUACUGUACUGUAAUUUUGUACUUACAAAUUUGUCAAUACAAGAUUGUUAUAUAAUA